AAUACAUUGGGCCAGCACAUAACGACUUUACCAGGAAAAAUGUCGCUUAGUAUUGGCGUUAACCUGAGGGUGACGGGCCACUGUAAUCAGGGUGGCCGCAAGUACAUGGAGGACAUGUUCAGUGUUGCCUAUCAGCAGUCUUCCAACGACCGCGAGCUCGAGUAUGCUUUUUUUGGUAUAUUUGACGGUCAUGGAGGCGGCGAGGCUGCGACCUUCGCCAAGGAGAACCUCAUGGAUAUAAUUGUCAAGCAGAAGAACUUCUGGAGUGACAACGAUGAGGACGUGCUCAAAGCCAUUCGCGAUGGAUACGUCAACACGCAUUACGCGAUGUGGCGAGAACUCGAUAAAUGGCCUAGAACAGCAUCUGGUUUACCAUCAACAGCUGGAACAACUGCUAGUAUUGCGUUUAUUCGAAAAGGAAAAAUUUAUAUUGGACAUGUAGGUGACUCUGGUAUUGUAUUGGGUUACAAAGAAAAAGAUCUGUUUUGGAAAUCGAAGGCAUUAACUAAAGAUCAUAAGCCUGAGUGUGGAGUUGAAAUGACAAGAAUACAGGAGUCUGGUGGAAAAGUUAUAAGUAAAUCUGGCGUUCCCAGGGUUGUUUGGAAUAGGCCUAGACUUGGCCAUAAAGGACCAGUACGCAGAUCAACACAUAUUGAUGAAAUACCAUUUUUAGCAGUUGCUAGGUCAUUAGGUGAUUUGUGGAGUUACAAUUCAGAAUUGAAUACGUUUGUUGUUUCACCAGAACCAGAUGUAAAAGUUGUAAAAAUUGAUGUAAAGUCACAUAGAUGUCUUAUUUUCGGAACUGAUGGCUUAUGGAAUAUGUUAACUCCACAAGCUGCAGUAACGGUAGUACAGGCUGUCGAAAGUAAUAAUGAGAAACAUCUAAUUGCUUCGCAACAAACUGGAAGUGGGCAUGGAGAUGUCCAAAUGUGGAUUAAUCCAUCAAAGAGAUUAGUCGAUCAUGCACUUGAGAAGUGGUCAUCUAUGAGGCUAAGAGCGGAUAAUAUCAGUGUUGUCACUUUAAUGCUCGAUCCCCCUGGACCUACACAUAGCGAGAUACUUCUUGGUCAGAAGCGUGAGCAGAUGGUGGCUAAUCAACCAGCACCUGAGCCAGAACUUGUCAGCUCGGAAACACAUGUCUUGCCCAGUGAGAGCGUCCACUGCCCCUAUCCUUUACCUAUGCAUAAAUCUCUAUCCGAGUCCGAGCCCUAUCCUUAUCCUCCAACUCUCACAGGCUCCGAGCUUCCAAGUUAUUCAGAUAUCCAAAAGCAACCGGACUCAUCGGAUCACUGCAUGGACGAAAGCUUCGCUAGUAGUCCUUCGGUUUCCCAGAGUAGUAGUAGCAGCAGCAGUAGCAGUGGCAGCAGCAGCAGCAGUAGCAGCAGCGAUGAGUCAAAACCUACCCAUAGUCUCGAUGAUGUUCCCUCUACAGAAGAGAGCAUCCAGGUGGCUGAAAUAUCCUCCAGUGAUGCCUGUGUCAAGCAUACGGUCGAGGAAUCGAGCGACGUUUCAAUGGUCGUCUCGGAGAUGAGUCUUGUGGAGAGCAGUCUUUGUACAGAGGAGGUCUCGAUGAGAGAAGAAUCCGAUUCCGCAGCGAUAUUAACCGAUACCACCAAUUUUGUGCUUGAUACGGACAGCUGGUUGCAACAAGUACCCGAGGCUGAGAAGUACACCGACGCUAUCAAUAGCGUAGAUCUUCAGCCAAUUAGAUUCAGUGAGCCUCAAGGACCACGACUUAGGCGAAGUGGUCAUGAGAACAACAGCACUAACAACAGCAGUAGUAAUAACGGUGAUAAGAACGUAAGCAAGAACAAUAGUAAUAAUAACAAUAACAACUGUAAUAAUAUCAGUAACAGUAACUGUAGUAGUAACAAUAGUACUGUCUUGACAAAGCGAAUUACCAAUUCCUCGAGCUACAGUAAUGUUAUACGUCAAACGAAUAGUAGGAGGCGUCAUAGUACCGGAGCACCGCCGAAUCAGAAGAUCGAAGUACAACAUAAUAGAUUACGAUGGCACGUUGCCGAUACGGCAAUUUCAAGAACAAAUGGAGUGUUAAACUCGAGUACGGGUAGCAUUCAGGAAAGGCGGCUUUCCUCCCCGAAUUCCUUUAAGCGACGUAACCUCGAGAAGAAGGUAACUCCAGUAAAGAAGAUCAGGAGGCCGUCGAUCAACAGGUCCGCAAAUCGUAUUCAAAUACGUGAGAGUUUCUGGGAUCAGGGACGCGGGAGUCGCACUGGGGGUUCUUGUUCCGGCAGUCGCCGUCAGACCGUUGUUGACCUUAUCAGUUCCAUCGCCGAUUCUGUGAGCUCCUCAUCAUCUUCACCGACAGUGGUGCCAAAGCGCUGGCUCAGAUCUGAUACGAUAGCGGCGACACCGAUUAAGAAUCUUAGGUCGAGGAACGUGGACAUUGGAGGUCAAACGGUUCCGGCCCAACUAGCCCAUCAAUAUGGUACUGUCAAGUCUAGUAGGAUAUUGGAAUCUCAAGCGAAACUAAAGCAGCAGUCAUCCGCUGUAGGCAUUUUGGCGAAUUCCUCCACUCCCCAAACAUCAGUCGUGACAAAAGUAAAAUUAGCCGGUUGUACGCCAACAUCAUCGUCAACGGCGACACCCAGUAGAACGAAGCCAGGCUGUAAAGUUUCGCCUAUUGUUGGUGGUAGCUCCGCUUCUUGUAUCACCUCGGGCUCGUCCACCUCGUCGAGUUCUAUAUCUAAAAGGGCAAAGACACCGUUUAAUCUGAGUUCGAGAUCAUUUACAACGAGGUCGCGCAUUAAGCGAUUUAGCAAGUGAGCCUCGCUUUUACAUUAAAGUAAAGCGGAUCACACAUCAAGUGCUGAUGAAAAUUUACUUUUGUAGAUAGAACUAAAGUAAGGAAUUACAGAGUUUAUAUAGUCACAUUAAAAGAGGAACUAAUAAAAAUAUGUAUAUGUAUAUGUGUAUGUGCGUAUGCAUGCGAGUACAGCUGAGCGUUUGGAUUUACGAGUGAAUGUGUAUACAUAUACAUGUAUGUAUGGGCGUGCAUGGGCGACGGCGAAUAUGUGGAUGCAUGGAAGUGUGUGCAUAUACAUCGCGUACAUUUAUUACGAUGGAAACGAAAAUACAUUGAAUUUGAGUAUGCGUUUUUUUUCUUCUUCGAAAUGCCAAGCGUAUUUACAUCUUUAAAAUGAGUAAUUUUUAUAAUGUGAGAGCACAAACAAAUAUUUAUUUAAUUUGAA